AUGAGCGAUCCCAACGGAUAUCGGGACGACCCAGAAGACCAGUACUAUGCCAAUACUUACGGACAGAAGUAUGUGAGCUACGGAGAAGACUCUUCUUCUUCGUACUAUGGCUCAGGAUACAGAGGCAGAGGCAGAGGACGCGGACGAGGAAGCUCUUACAGAGGGCGUGGUUCAUAUGACCAUUACGGAUACAACGGAAGCAGUCAUAGUCGGUACGGUGGUGACAGAUCUAGAAGAACAGAGUACCAGAGCAACAAUAGCUACGAAAAUCCCGAGGAAACCUCAGUGUACAACGAUGUUUCUGGUCCAGGAGCUCAUGACAGCUACCGUGGCAGCAGCUACCGUGGUCUGGGGAGCCUGUACCGAGGAAGCGGAUACAGAGACGGAAGCUACAGAGGCAGCAGAAACUCGAUUGAUCGCAACGAACGUUCGGAUCGUGAUAGAGAAUGGGGAAGUAGAGAAGGAGAACGCGAGAAUGGCCGUCACUACAGUGGUCAUCAUUCGGCAUAUAGCGGAGGUCACGGAGGGUCUAGAGCGCUGGUUUCGGUCAAAGACAAGCUGAUUAGCGGACCUAGUAGUUCAGUCAGAAACAAUAGCAAAGUCAAGACUUUCAACAAUCCUUGGAUUGAGAUCAUGGAAAUUAAUGAUGAGACUACCCAGGAGACGCUAGAAACGAGAUACAAUGAGUUGGGCUAUGUUAAUAGUGAUAUCAGACAGCUUCAACUAGCCAAGCGCAAGUUGGAGGGUUCCGUAUUGAAUCUCGAGAGACAGGCUGAACGAGAAGCGUUACAUGUUCAAAUUACGAACGACAAGCUUGAGGAGUUUACGUAUUUGUAG